AUGCCGGAUUAUUUUAUAAAGAAGAAGGCUCUAUCACCAUAUCUGAUGACUCAUGGAAACUCAUCGUUUACCGUGAUCUUAAACCACAUUGCUCAUAAAUCCUUAAAACGUCUAGCUUCUAGAUUCGAACAAUUUUUUGUAAAAUAUCCCACUUUUCCCAACGUUCUAUCCACUAAAUCGUAUCUUAAGAUCGAUAAAAUAGAUAACAGACUCUCCGAACUAAAUAUUUACUUAGGGCAUAAGUAUUUGGCCACAAACCCUAGUGGUGAACACUACGUAUCCACGAGCUCCUUGGACAACUGCAAGACAUACGCUGAAAGAAGAAGCGUGUGCCGAGAUAUCAUCGUCUACAACUCUGAUACACGCCCUGUUUGUGAGCUACAAAUCCUACUCAGUGUCUCGAACGACAUCCCCACCAUCUGUACAACUACAACCUUCGCUGCACAUAUCAACACAUUCCAACGCUUGGAAAACAACAGAUGGCUCUACAUCCUCAGUAACGCAACACAGUGCAUCCUUCAAUGCAACAAUCAAGUCUCGCAUCACAACAUCUACGGAUCAGGAAUUAUUACCCUUGAAACAAACUGUAAACUUCACACGGGAUACAGUACGCUGUCAGCACACCAAAUCAAGGAAGACAACAUCACAUUCCCGAUUAUAGUUCUCGACAUCAGAACCGAAGAUUGCUUCGAAGAAACUGAAGAUCAUCAUUUUCCAAACCUUCUACCUAUCUCAAUCAACGAAAAUCCACUAGACUCACUCAACAACCUCAAACAUCAACUAGAUAAACAUAACGAGGAAAUCCAGCAGAUGAAACAGAAACCCUUCAUCCAACGACACCAGAAUAGAUUUUCUUGGUUCUACUUCACAACGGGAACCCUCAUGCUAUCAUUUUUGAUGUAUAAAUUAUUCAGAAGAUGUCUAAGAGUUGCAAAUAACUUUGAUCAACAACUGCUUCGGACGAACAUCACGACGACAUCAAUGGACAGGUCACAUUCAGAACAUCCCGAUGACCACGUUGAACCAAACCACAACGUCAUGUAUGAAGAUGACAGCGACGACAAUUCCUCCACUCCAAAAAGAUUCGGCGCUAACGCCCAAUCUUUAUUCUAG